GGCCGAAGCACGUAAGAAGCGCGAGCAGCGAAGCUUCGACUGCUGGUCUGUGCCUGGACCCCGUGGGCAAUCUACGGCCUCUGAUUCGCCAGUCCGUCUGGUCCAAGACCGGAGCUCAACAUCUGCGGUGGGUCUGCCCUGUCGGAAUGACAUUCCCACGAGAGAGGCAACUGGAUAAGAGAUGGCAAUAGUACGGCCGGUGCUUCACUGCCCUCGACGCCUUUGCAGCGACUCAGCAAAUGGCCAACGACUCCCGGCACAUCCACCUCCCGGACUCGGAUGCCGCGAUCAUCGUGAUGCUCGGCGCCGUUGUCUCAAUGACAUUCGCGCUAGGCCUGGUAGUCCAAGUAAGUGCUGCUCCCUGUUAUUAUUACCUGAAACAAUUGCCAACAGCCCAGCUCUACAACACAAAGCCCAUCUUCCUCAGCGAGGAUGAAGAAGCAUACGGCUACAAUCCCAAAGGAGCACCAAGCCAUCGGAUGGCCGAUCUCGAAGAGGCUCCCCGACCAUCACUCCACCGCGCCUCGGCAACUCGGUACGGAAGUAUCACCCAGCAUGUGGUCGAUGCUGACGGGAUCCGAAAGAUGGUCCUCAUUAUCGAAGAGAGGCCUGGACGUGUGUCAGCCGCAGACGCGGUUCGGGACGACUACGCGGCGUGGUAUGAGGCAUGGAGGCAGCGGGGGCACUAGGCGGAAGUCCGACUGAGACGGCGCUCCAUGUCGACGACUGGAUGCAGGCAGUGCCACGAAAUAGCCGGAUAUAACCCGGAUACAGCCCGGGUCAGUGGGACCCUAUUUGAUCACCAUGAAUGCGACCCAUGA